AUGGGCUUCUGGACCCCUAUGCGAAAACGCCAAAAGUCGGCUCUUGAAUUAGCUGAAGCCAAUUAUGUCAAAUCUGAUGCGGAGAAACGAAUGGUAUGGAAACUAGAUAUGUUCUUGAUGACUUUCGGUUUCAUCAGUCAAGUCAUCAAAUUCUUAGAUCAAACAUCCAUCAGUACUGCUUAUGUUAGUGGUAUGAAGGAGGAACUCAAUUUGCUUGGCAAUGAGCUCAAUUUCUUCACGACCUACUUCAACAUCGGAUAUGCCAUUUUCCUUAUUCCUAGUCAAUAUUUCAUUACCUGGUUCCGACCUUCACUAUAUUUGCCAUGUCUCGAGCUAGCAUGGGGAAUAGUCACUUGCUUAAUGGCGACGGUAAAGAAUGCCAAAGGUAUAUAUGCUUUACGAGCGUUUUUAGGAGCUUUCGAAUCGAGUGCCUAUCCCGGUAUGACUAUUUUACUCACUACCUGGUAUACGCCUAUGGAGCUAGCUAGACGUAUGGCGAUAUACCAAGCAGCGCAACCUUGUGGAUCUAUGUUAUCCAGUGCUUUUCAGAACGCUGUUUACGGUACUCUAAACGGAAAGGCAGGAUUGAGCGGAUGGAAAUGGUUAUUUGUCGUCGACGGUCUCAUCACAAUUGUAUGGGCUGUAGCAGGUAUCUUCUUCAUUCCCGAUUACCCCAACAGACGUAACCCACGUGCAUUUUGGUACAACGAUCAAGACGCAGCACUUGCUCUGGAACGAAAUCGAAGAUGGAGAAAAGCACCCUCAAGACCUGCUGGAUACGCCGCUUUGAAACGUGUAUUCCUUUCUCCAGUCGUAUAUGUCUUUGCUGCCAUUUACAUCUCCAUGAAUAUGUCAACUGCCGGUGCCAGUUACUUCAAUCUUUGGGUCAAAUCUCUCAAAGUAUAUUCCGUCGAAAAGAUCAAUGCUAUCACCUUAUCAGCAUAUGCGGUUAACGUAGUCACCCUCAUCACUUGGGGCUUCCUAAUCGAUUGGUUCCCUUCACUUCCAUUUUUACUUAUCCUUGAAGUUUCACUUCAGCUUAUACCUAAUAUCAUCAUGUCAAUAUGGAAUGUACCUCAAGGAGCGAAAUGGUUCAGUUUCUACUUCCUUUAUGUCCCCAGUUCUUAUUCGCCAGUAUCGUUCGCUUGGAUGGCUCAAAUGUGGACCCAUGAUGCUGAAGCCAGAUCCAUCCUCUAUGGCGCUACUAUCGCUUUGAAUUAUGCCAUUCAGAGUUGGAGUGGUGUUCUUAUCUGGCCUGCGAAAGAGGCUCCACAUUAUUCUCAUGCAUGGCAAACCAGUUGCGCCUUGAUUCCCUUCUGUAUCUUGAUGAUCUUCCUGCUUAUCUGGGUGGAUAAGAAAUAUGUCAAGCCCAAAAGAGAUGCGUACGCCCUUGCGGUUGAGCACGAGCCCGAAGAAGUGCAAGCUGAAGAAGUCGGAUCCGCCACGUACAAUGACGAAAAGGAUCUCAAAGCGACUCCUGGUCCAGUCCACCCAACGACGAUGCCCAAGGUGACUUACUUGGAAGCGUAG